AUGAAGACCAACUCGCACCUCCAUGAACUGCAACUGAUAUGCCUCGGAGUCAUGUAUGGUGCUGGCAUCUCUCACGUCCACGCCUGGAUCCAUGCCGGCUUAGGCAUCCGCCUUGCCUUGGACAUCGGUGCCCACAAGCGGCGUGCUUACAGUACAACCCCGACGGUUGAAGAUGAGCUCUAUAAGCGGAACUUCUGGAUGCUGGUUCACUUGGAUCGUUCCCUGAGUAGUGCGAUGGGUCGUCCUUGUUGCGUGCAAGAAGAAGACUUCGACCUGGAUUUCCCACUGUGCCGCGAUGAUCAGCAUAUAGGACACCAAGACCCUCGAGAACUGCCAGGGCAGCACGAGAGCAGGCCAUCGUAUACUGGCUACUUCAUCUGGAUGCUGAAGCUCUCCCAAAUUCAUGGUUUGGCUCUGCGCACACUGUACGCGAGUACUAAGGCUCGGGCGCAUUACAACUUCGAGGGCGAAGACUGGGUGACGCGCACGACCGCGCACAUAGACUCUCUGCUCAAUAACUGGGCCGAAUCGGUCCCAGAACAUCUGCGUUGGGACCCGAAGCGCGCUGAUGACUUGUUCUUCUGCCAAUCCGCUCAUCUAUAUCUGCUGUAUCAUGAGCUCCGGAUUAUGGUUCACCGCCAGUCCCUCGCCAAACUUCAACCCACUCCUCUAUCUUCCCCGGCACUAACAAUAUGCAUGAACGCGGCGCGAUCAUUGGUACAUCUAUUGAGUGCGUUACUCGCUCGAGCGCCAAAUCGUGCAGGGCUUGUACGCUGGGAUACUGCAAUAGCUGCGCUGGUGAUGCUCGUGGGAACUGGCAUCGCGCGAUUGAAUGGGUGGCCCGACCUUGAUCGCAAACAGACCAUGGCCGACAUCGAUACCAUGAUAGCCAUACUGCGCUUACAAGAAGAUCGCUGGCGUUGCCCUGGAAGAUAUGCAGACGCGCUUUCUGCCUUCAAGGUAUUAGGCGAUGAUUAUAGCCCCGGUGCUUUGAGGCAGCAGAAACGCCGGCAUGAAGAUGACAUAGUCGCACGGCUUGCACCUUUCCCUUCAGAACACACCCAGGACGAUGCCUGGCGGGAGGGACUGAACUCGCCCUCCAUCUUCACCUCAAACACAUCCAGUGUGGUUCCUGAUGCGAAUGAUCUGUUGCCGGUUGCAGGGAUGCCCACGGGCGCGGGCGCUUUCUUCGGCAACAUCAACUUUGGUGCGCUCUUCGGGUUCGGAAACCCGGAUGCGCACACACAGAUGCCCGUCGAGCCUUGUGGUGACAUGGCCCACUCAACUGAAUCAUCUCAGGCUGGCGCCGGAGGGAUGGGCGCUUUCGGCUCGGACGAUUGGAUGGGAAUGUCGUUUGAUCUUGGAAUGGAUGAUUGGCAAUGGUUCACGCCGGCGUCAGACAGCACUGAGCUCGGGCGGCCGGGCACUGCUAUGGACAUAUCGGGGCAGAGUUUCUGA